UUGGACCGAUUUUAAAGUAUAAUUGCUUAUAAGAUAUAAUAACUUGUAGUGCAACUAAAUGCUUCUGAUAAAGUCGUUUUUCCUAAUUACGGUUCCACAUUAGUUCGAGCAACGUGGAUAUUUAAUAGACGAAAGCAAUGAUCAAGUUUAGUCAACGGUUAAGUGGCCGAUUAGCAGCUAGGCUGUUUACUAGUCGGCAUAUCCUACAAGGUAAAACUAGUGCACCGUUCCUGCUUGGGUCACGAGGCAAGAAGGACGAUGGAGGCCGGUUGUUUACACCGGUACCCAUACGACCCAAUCCGGAUGACAUUAACGUGGGUGCAGAGCUGACCGGAGGAACUCUAGACAAAGCUGAAAUGCUGAAAGUGAUUCUAAAGUUUAGCAACCGCAAAGAGAUUAAGUUUCUUUGUUUGGAGAACGGCAUAGAUUCCAAUUUGCAGCAGCAGGCAUUCACCAGCUUUCGGCGGUAUUGUCUAGAAACGGAUGCUUUGCCGGCAGAUUUGCACGUCGUUCUUAGUGAUAUCCUGCAAGGUGCCGGGCACGUUGACGAUAUAUUCCCCUACUUUCUACGUCACGUGAAACACAUCUUUCCACACCUGGAGUGUAUGGACGAUCUAAAGAAGAUUUCAGAUUUACGACAACCGGCCAACUGGUAUCCGAAUGCAAGGGGAAUCAACCGGAAAAUCAUCUUUCAUUCUGGUCCGACUAAUUCAGGAAAAACCUAUCAUGCUAUGGAACGAUUUUUGGCAGCCAAGUCCGGCGUAUAUUGUGGUCCUCUAAAAUUGUUAGCCAGCGAGGUUUACAAUAAAAGCAACCAAAGAGGGACUCCCUGUGACUUGGUUACCGGUGAGGAACGAAAACUUGCAGACCCGAAUGGAAACUCAUCGAAACACGUAGCUUGUACGGUUGAAAUGACCUCUAUUAACACUCCAUACGAGGUUGCUGUUAUAGAUGAAAUCCAGCUGCUCCGGGAUAUUGGUCGUGGUUGGGCUUGGACGCGGGCACUACUUGGUCUGAUGGCCGAAGAAAUCCACGUAUGCGGAGAGCCCGGUACACUGGAACUGCUGCAAAAGAUAUGCGAUACGACACACGAAACACUGGAGGUUCGAAAGUACAAGAGGCUGACUGCUUUGCAUAUCGAAAAUCAAGCGUUGAUGUCACUCGACAAUGUGGCGCCAGGCGAUUGCAUUGUCUGCUUUAGCAAAAACGACAUUUACAGUGUUUCGCGAGAGAUCGAAGCCAGAGGAAAAGAAGUCGCGGUUAUUUACGGCGGUUUGCCACCAGGCACGAAGCUCGCACAGGCCGCAAAAUUUAAUGACCCCGAAAAUAGCUGUAAAGUUUUGGUUGCUACAGAUGCAAUAGGAAUGGGCCUCAAUCUUAGUAUCAGACGAGUGAUUUUUUACUCAAUUAUCAAACCAACAGUAAACCAGAAGGGUGAAAAGGAAAUGGACACGAUUUCUGUUUCCCAGGCUUUGCAAAUCGCCGGCCGUGCUGGGCGAUAUGGCAUGAAAUGGGACGAAGGAUAUGUAACGACUUACAAGCCGGAAGAUUUACCUACUUUAAAGAACAUUUUAUCGCAAAUUCCGGACCCGUUGACGCAAGCUGGUCUGCAUCCAACCGCGGAUAUGAUCGAAUUGUAUGCUUACCACCUUCCCAACGCCACACUAAGCAACUUGAUGGAAAUUUUCGUGUCUCUCAGUACAGUCGACGAUUCAUUGUACUUUAUGUGUAACACGGAAGAUUUCCGCUUUCUUGCGGAAACCAUACAGCACGUUCCUCUACCCCUGCGAGCUCGGUACAUAUUCUGUUGCGCUCCCAUUAAUCGUCAAAUGCCAUUUGUGUGUUCCAUGUUUCUCAAGUAUGCGCGACGAUACAGCAAAAAUGAGCCGGUGACGUUCGAUUGGUUGUGCAAUCAAUGCGGUUGGCCAUUCCAACUCCCGCGAACCAUCAUUGAUUUAGUGCACCUCGAAGCUGUAUUCGAUGUGCUUGACCUGUACCUUUGGCUGAGCUAUCGUUUUCCAGAUUUGUUCCCGGACGAGAAGCUGGUUCGGGAUAUUCAGAAAGAAUUGGAUGACAUCAUUCAGCAGGGCGUCUUUCAAAUCACCAAGUUGCUUAAAAAUUCGGAAACGGCCGUAUCGACCAACACGCCGGAUGAGGAUUCGUUCGUGAUACGGCAGAAGAAGAGCAAAUACUAUCGGGAAAGUGCACCUCAAGGGGGCAAACUAACGGAGCGUUUGCUUGCCCAGGGAUUGCUCACUCCGGCAAUGCUGCAAGAAUUGAAAGCCGAAUGGGAUCAACAGGCGAAACCAAGUCGGACGGCCAGCGAUGACGAGGGUGAUGAUGGCUUUCUUGGCAAGAAAGCCCGACGAAAGCCAAGAAAACCAAAGUAGUUUGUUUUGUGCAGCGAAAUUAUUAUGUAGGUACCUAAUAUCGAAUGAACAUGCAGUGUA